GGUGUCUCUUGAGCUUCCGAAUGGUUCAAAUUGGAGAUAUUCUGCUCCCGAAUGUGGUGAUAUCGUUCGUCUAGUUCCAACUUACCGAAAACUCUCUGGGUUAGGACGCAGGAGUCAACUCUCUCAUCAUGUUUGCGACGCUUCGAACUGAAGACCGAGAUGGUGAGGUCGUAUGUAUCUCGAGUACACACCAACUACCGCAACCCGGCCAAAAUACGAACCAUUUUGCUUGUGACGGCUGUCGAACAAAGAAGUUGAAGUGCACCGGACACAGAUUUGGUUGUCAACGGUGCCGAGAUCGCAAUCUUGCUUGCACGUACUCCAAUACCGUACCACACCGGCGUCGCAAAGCCGGAAGGGCCUCUGUGCCGCACAAGAGCACAACAGCUCAUGAGCUCACGCCAUCUACGUCGGAAGAAUCGACGAUGAUGCCCCCUUCAGGGUCACCCAAAGAGCAAGUGACAACGGUGCAUCCGGAGCAACUGUCUGAACUCAAAUGUGUGUCAAAGGAUGCGGCAUCGGACCAAAUUUUCUCACCGGCACGAGCCGAGAUGGACAUGGACUCCCAGUCAGCAAAUAUGCUCAUCCAAACUCCGACAUUCAUCAGCUCGGGCCCAUCACCAAGCACACAGCUGCGAGAGGAUUCGUCUGGAACACCCCCCGACUUCGAGGAUUUGGCUUUGCCAAAUUACAUGGAGUCAGACCUGCAUGACUUUGACAUGGACGACUUGCAGUUACUUGAUGCCGAGACCACACUGUCAGAACAAGAAUCUGAAAACCUUGAGUCGAGCAAAGGUUUUUUAUCCAGUACUCCGCCAAUGAACGAGCAAAUUACACGGGAAGCCAGUUUUGCUAGAAGCAAUUCGUCUUCAGACGAUUCCCAAUGGGAUACUAUUCAGCCCCCACGGAGCAGACACACAAGGGAUAACAUAUCUCAUAAGGUCUCACAUGACUCCAUUGCAACUAAACGAGCGCCGUCCAGCCUCUCAUCUCACGGCAUCAGCUCCACGGUGCCCUUUAACCCUCGUCACCACUCAAACAGCUUUCUUUCGAAUGUUCCAACAUCGUUUCCUAUCAACCAUGGCCACGGUAGCCCCGUCAAUGAGCCAGGCUUACGGAUGAGUGUUGCUGCCGCAGCAACUUGUCGCUGUGUUGGUGUGACGCUGAAUCUGCUCGAGAAGAUGCAGACGCAGAGCAAAGUCACUACUUUCUGCAUGGCAGAAACCUCCUUACAUCUACUCAAAAAGUCGAUUUCCCAAUGCCGAUCUAUAAGUCAUUGCUCUUCGUGUCGGAACCGUUCUAGAGUAAUGACAUUUUCAAUAUUGCUGGCUGAAAAGAUAAUGGCCAUCUUAGAAGACAUAGCAUCUGUUUGGGAGUGUGCCUCACAGGCUUCAAAUCUCGGAGAUGACGCGAGGAUUGAGGCAUACGGGCAUGCACACCACUGGAUUCCUGUUCUCUUAGGGCAGUAUCAGAUUGAUACCGUCCAGGAACGUUGCGAGAUAUUUGGUUUCUUAAUUCUGUUACAAGUUGGCGCCACACCAAGCCUCGCUACAACCCAUUUGUCUCCGACUUGAGGAGUUACAGGAAGCUUUGAGUGGACAGUCAUGAGGCGUAUCUAUAUUCCAUCUUGAGAAUCGCAUCUAAACCUCGAAAAAUACAACCGGAAUACCUUUGGGUAUAUAUUAAGAGACGAAUCGCACAUUCUGACUCGGAUGCCAUUCUCAAAGGGCCGCACCAUGCACAUGUGUGGGCCAAUCAAAGCCUCUGUGUCUACGGACACAGAUGCCGUUCACCUAAAGGGUUACGGACAUAUUUGGCCAAACUUUGGUACUCCUACAGCCCGAGUUCCCUUUCUCCUGAUCUCGGUAUCGGCCGCUUCCCGAUGAAUGAUCGAGUUAGUUGAGCCGUUUCAUCUUUCAGGGACCGCGACCCCCGCAGAUUAGCCGGCGAACCUGGGGAUAGACGGGAGAGCGAGUCAUUCAAGCUGGAGACCUUAAUGAUUGGGAGUGUCU